AUGUCUUCCGAGAAAGACUUUGGCGGCGAGAAAGCUGCCAAUUACCCCAAGUCUAGCUUGGAUCUCAAUUCGGACGCCAAACACAUCGAGGUCGCCGAUAAUGCAACUGACGUCGAGGCGCUCGCUGCCAGCGUCAAUGACUUGCCCAUUACUUGGUUUGUGUGGGUGGUGGCCCUAACCGCCUCCAUUGCCGGCAUGUUGUUCGGUUACGACACGGGUAUCAUUUCCGGGGUGUUGGUGGUGCUCAAGGACGACCUGAACAAUCGUCCAGUGACCAGCUCCGAGAAAGAAAUGAUCACCUCUCUCUGCUCCGGUGGUGCCUUCAUCGGGGCGAUUUUCGCUGGUAACACCGCAGACCGAGUAAGUUUCAUCCUGCGCGGCUGCAAAAGCAAAAAGGACCCUACUAACCCAAUCAUGCAGUUUGGUCGCAAGAUGGCAAUCUAUCUUGGCUGUGUUCUCUUCGUCAUUGGCUCCGUGCUCCAAGCCGCCGCCUAUACGAUCGCGCAGAUGGCGGUGGGUCGCGUGGUAGUCGGACUGGGCGUAGGCUCGGCCGCGAUGGUCGUGCCGCUGUACGUUGCGGAGAUCGCACCGGCGGGGGCUCGCGGUCGCUUAAUUGGGCUAAACAACAUGUCCAUCACCGGUGGACAGGUCAUCUCGUAUGCGAUCGGAGCGGCCUUUGCGAGCGUCAGCCACGGUUGGCGCUACAUGGUCGGCCUGGGCGCUCUCCCCGCCCUUAUCCUCGGCUGUAUGAUGCCGUUCUGUCCCGAAUCACCUCGCCAUCUCAUCUACAACGGGCGCAUGGAAGAAGCCCGCAGCGUCCUGGGCCGUAUCUACAGCAGCGCCGCGACGGACGAGCAAAUUGCCGCGUUGUUGGUGACGAUCCGCGCGGCCUGCGAUCAGGCCCGCGAGAUCAACGACACGGGGAGCGGGUGGUCGAAGGUGGUGAAAUUACAUACCGUGGGGAGUAAUCUGCGCGCCUUGAUAGCGGCGUGCGGGUUAAUGGUCAUCUCCCAGAUGAGUGGGUUCAAUGCCCUGAUGUACUACUCUUCGACACUGUUUGCGUUGGUGGGGUUCAACAACUCGACGGCCGUGGGGCUGGUGGUCGCGGGCACCAACUUUAUCAUGACUUGGGUGAACAUGAUGGUGGUGGAUGGUUGGGGUCGCCGACGCUUGCUGCUUGCGACAGCCUGGGGAAUGGCGGUGGGGAUGGCCGCCGUUGCGAUCGCCUUCCACUGGGUUCCCGUCAAUAUGGAGACGCUUGAACCCCUCAACCCGGGCAUUUCCCCGGCGGCUAUCGUCAUUUUGGUGUUCGUCAUCUGGUUUGUUGUGUUCUACGGGGUUUCGGUCGGCAACACCGCCUGGAUGAGCACAGACUUCUUCCCGUUGGAGGUACGCGCGAUGGGCACCAUGUGGAUGACUUGCUCCAACUGGGGCAGCAAUGUUAUCGUCUCCAGCACCUUCCUCACCAUGGCCAAAUCCAUGACUCCAUCCGGCGCAUUUGGCUUUUACGCAGCCCUAUGCGGCAUUUCCUACGUCUGGAUUUACUUCUUUUAUCCCGAGGUCUCCGGACUCGUCCUGGAAGAAGUGCAGGAGGUGUUCCAGCACGGCUUCGGAGUCCGGUACGCCCGACAGCUGCGCAAGGAGCGAAAAGACAUCAUCGAGGAGCGAAUGCGAAGUGCAGAGAAGCCGAUUCCGAUGGGUCAUUAGACGGAUUGUCACUUCACUUACUGGCUGAGUGGAGUGUGACUAUGUGUGUAAAGUAGUACUUUAGGUAGCACUCUCUGUAACGAUCGACAAUCA